CGUACAAGGGGUACGAGGAGGUGCUGGUGCCCGCCGCCCCCCGCGCCCCGCCGCCGGAGGAGGGCGAGCUGGUGCGCAUUGCGGACCUGGAGGAGUGGGCGCAGCUCGCAUUCCCCGGUUACAAGUCGCUCAACCGCAUCCAGAGCCGCAUCUUCAAAACCGCCUUCCACUCCAACGAGAACAUCCUGGUGUGCGCGCCCACAGGCGCCGGCAAAACCAACAUCGCCAUGAUUGCCGUACUUCGGGAGAUCGGAUCCAACAUGCGGUACGGCGUCAUCCAGCGAGCGGAUUUCAAGAUCGUGUAUGUGGCCCCCAUGAAGGCGCUUGCAGCGGAGGUGACGGCCAACUUUUCAAAGAGGCUGGAGCCGCUGGGUCUUGUUGUUCGCGAGCUGACGGGCGACAUGCAGCUGAGCAAGCGGGAGCUGGCGGAGACACAGAUGAUCGUGACCACACCCGAGAAGUGGGACGUCAUCACACGCAAGGGCGGCGACGUGUCAGUUUCCUCGCUGGUCAAGCUGCUCAUCGUGGAUGAGGUGCACCUGCUGAAUGACGACCGGGGGCCAGUCAUUGAGGCACUCAUUGCACGCACGCUGAGACAGGUUGAGGCCAGCCAGUCCAUGAUCCGCAUCGUGGGCCUGUCCGCCACCCUUCCCAACUACGAGGACGUGGCCGCCUUCCUGCGCGUCAGCCCCAACAGCGGCCUCUUCCACUUCGACGCCUCCUACCGCCCCGUGCCGCUGGAGAUGCAGUUCGUGGGCGUGAGUGAGAAGAACUUCCUGGCGCGGCAGAAUGUGAUGAACGAGGUGUGCUACAACAAGCUGUCCGAGUCGCUCAAGGCCGGCUACCAGGUGAUGGUGUUCGUACACAGCCGCAAGGACACCGGCAAGACCGCACGUGUGCUGGCGGACCUGGCGGCCAAGGCGGGGGAGGCGGCGCUGCUGGAUACGCGGGAGCAUGAGAAGUACGGGUUGUUCGCAAAGGAUGUACGGAGGAGCAGAAACCGCGAGAUGGCCGAGCUGUUCGAACUGGGUUUCGGCAUCCACCACGCGGGCAUGCUGCGACCCGACCGCUCCCUCGUGGAACGCCUCUUCGCGGAGGGGUUGCUGCGGGUGCUGGUGUGUACGGCAACCCUUGCAUGGGGCGUCAACCUGCCCGCACACACGGUCAUCAUCAAGGGCACGCAGGUGUACGACGCGCAGAAGGGCGGGUUUGCUGACGUGGGCAUGUUGGAUGUGCAGCAGAUCUUUGGACGAGCGGGCAGACCGCAGUACGAGGAUAGCGGUCUGGGCAUCAUCCUCACCACUCACGACAAGCUGGCGCACUACCUGGGCAUGCUCACCCACCAGAGCGCCAUCGAGAGCCAGUUCGCAAAGUGCCUAGUGGACAACCUGAAUGCGGAAAUCGUGUUGGGCACCGUCACCAACGUGCGCGAGGGUGUUGCCUGGUUAGGCUACUCCUACAUGGCCCGGAGGCUGGAGCGGAACCCCC